AGUAACUUUUUUUUAGUUACUGUUUUAAUUUCAGGCUAGAUUGACAGAUAGUUCAUUUACAUUUUUUGUAAAACAUUUUAGUGUGUAGAAUGUAUUUAGUACUAAUCAGAAUACUCUAAUAAUUAUAUAAUAUUUGUUGGAUUGAAAUCUUAAUAAAUACUUGGUGAAAUUUCAAUACACUUUACUUUUAAAGCUUUAAUUUUACAUACGCCCCUGAUUGUUUAGGUCAGGUUUAUGAGUAAUGUGUUUUUAUUUUGUGGGAGUAGAUAAUGCUGCACGCCGAAUGAUUUUGGUCUGUAAAUUCUGAACAUAUAAUUGAGCACAUCCUUAAAAUAACAAUUAUUAUAAAAAUUGAAUUUUGUUGUUUUAUUUCACUUCUGUUAUGAAAGGAGACGAAAAACCAAAUGGUAUCUAUUUAUUCGAUGUGAAUUACUAUAGUGUAGACAUAACUUCUAUAAGUAUUUAACUCUCGGCAGCGUUGUUUCAGUGAACUGUGAUGUGCUUCUAUAGAGUUACGAUUAAAUUAUUCUUUUUAAAAUUAUAAAUCGUAACACUUUCAAAAUAAAACGAAUAGUAAUCGUUGAUCUUUCAAGAAUGACAAAUUUGGACUUUUCAAGAAAAAAGUUUGCAUCCCAAUUCUUUUGAAGCAAAUAAGCCGUGUCUAUUUAAACUUGGUACAACACAACAAUCUACAUCAUUUUUCCAAAGAAAGCGUACAGUAAAUACAAGUAUCCUUAAAAAUACCAAAGCGAUUGAAACAACAAGUAUCAUGAAUAUUAAGGGUGGAACAAAAUUACAUAGAUUUCAACCCGUCGUAGACUUUGAAUAUGUUGCGCAAAAUAACAAAUUCCAUUCUACUAGGAAAGUCAACAAAUUUCAUUGCAUAACUUUAAUGAAGCUAUACAUUAAUAAAUCAUUCGAGGAACUGAGAUUUGAGGAUUACAGCAUGGACGGAAACUCAAAAAAGAACGGGUAUCGGUUUUCCUCGCCACUAAAUUCUCUUGAAACAUAUAAACCAAGUGGAUUCAAAUUUAAUUCAUCACAACUACCCAUAUCAUUUGGUCAAACAAACACUACAGCAAGUACGAGUUUCCUUGAUAAUUCGAAAGCGUUUCAAUCAGCAAGUACCAUGAAUGUUAAGCCUGGAACUAGUUUAGAACUACAACCAAGAAAAAAAGAUGAAAAAACAGGAAGUUUUGAUUUCCGGUCCCAGAAAAUUAAAUUUCAAAACACAAAUUCAUCAGGAAACAGUCUGACCUCGUCUUUACAACAAACUGAUCCAGUGCAGCAAAUAUUGACAGAAUUAUCAGUGAAAUUAAAUAAUUUUGAGGGAAUUUUAACUAGUGCUUUGGGACGAAUUGACACAAUGGAAAAUGAUGUAAAACAAAUCAAAACUUACGUUUCAUUAGUAAACAAACGACUAUCUUAUCAAGAUGAUAAAAAACUCUUGAGCAAAAUUGAUGAAAUUGAAGAUCGCAUGAGACGAGAAUCAAAUGUAAUUUUAUUCGGCUUGCCUGAAGCAGAUAGUGUUUUAACAUUUAAGGAGAAAUAUAAUUGUGAUCGCGAUAAAAUAAUCGCUAUAUUAAAUACUUUACUGCCUGAUAAUGUACCUAAAAUAGAAACUGUUCAACGUUUUGGAAAACAAUCCGAGAUGGCUCCACAAUGUCGACCAUUGCGUGUAACGUUUGUUGACAAGCAAUCUGUCAAAGAUGUCACUGCUGCCUUCAAAAAACUAAAGAUGCAGCAGGAACAACUUCCAGAGAAUAUACCAGAUUCUCUAUCUAUAAGUUGGGAUAAAACUCGGAUACAAUUGAAAGAGUACAAAAAGGUGCGAAUGGAAUUGGACAGGCGUUUGGCAAAUGGAGAAGAGGGAAUCUGCAUCAAUUACAAAAAUGGCAAUCCUGUCAUUGUUCCUCAACGUCUCUAAAAAGAAUAGAUUUUUUAAAAUAAAUAUUUUAUUUUUCUACUCACUUAUUGUACGUUAUAUAUUCGAGUCUGUCUAUUUUUAAGGUUUGGUGAAACUUUAUUUUAAUACUUAGUAAAAUAUAAAAUACUUAAUAAAAUAAAUAAUCUAAAUCUGCAGAA